AACUUGUAUAUUUUUGCACAUUCAUUUUUUGAAAAUUAUUUUUUUUUUUAACUAGUUCAAAUUCCAAUCUCCCGUAUUUUUACCAAUUCUUCUUGAACAAAUUAUACAUAAUUCAUUUGGAAUGAAAAAAUCAUUUAUGAUGCUUUUUGAAACAACACAAUAUUUUUCUUGUAUGAACCUAUUAUUGUAUUUGUAUUGUUGUAUCUAUCAAAGACUGUUGUCAUCUCAAAAAAAAACGUCAAUUUCCAAAUCUAGCAUCGAUGAGUCGCUACUUUGUUUGAUCAAUAACUAAAUUCACAAAGGCUCCGUAAAGAAAAUUAAUUUUUCAUUUAUAGUUAUGGAGCCAAAUUUAAUACCAGAACACUCCUCUUCCAACACCAAAUUAGCAGGGCAAUGCAAAGCAAGUCCCCAAUCCGAGUUACAAUCAUGUUCAGAGAUAACAGUAAAGGAAUUCUUGGAAUUUUUAAAAACUGCAUAUCAAGUACAGGAGAGCUUGGAAGGAAUUCUUUUGGCUAGUGGUAUGACAGAAGCUAUCGACUGGUUAAAGUUGAAAGAAAGCCAAUUUAUAAAAAGGAAUGAAACUGCAUGUCAAACAUCUAAUAGUGAAAGUCUCCUCAAAGAACAGUCUGCGACAGAUUGUAUUUCGAAAAAAGCAUCUUCAACCUCUUCAAAAUCAUCAGACAUGAGUGAUACAAAGUUGUCCAAGUCCCAUUCUGAUUUUUUAGCAAAAUCAAGUGAAGUUCUUAUUGCUAAAUUGAAUGAAGUGCUUUCUGAAGGUCUUUUGGAUCCUAUUUUACCAAUUCUUCCUGUAAUGGUACCAACAAACAUACCUACUAGGAAAUCUUCCUUAAGCAAGACUUCUGACAAAUCAUUGGUAUCAGUCAGUAAUUCUAAUACUUCCUCAGGAGAAAAGAACUCUAAGAAGAAACCAAAUGAGGAAGGCUCGAAACUUUCUAUAGAAAAAACAUUGUCCCAAGUAGAAAUACAUGUGUGUGAUGAGGUUAAAAACAUGAAAAAGGAUUUUUAUUGCAAUCAAAAGUUACUGGUGGAAAAGAUGGGUUAUUUUGCCGAAGUAACUUCAGGCCAAAAAUUAGAAGAUAUGGAUAUUUCAGUACAUUGUGAUGUUGGUAUUUUUGAAUGGCUGAUGAAGUGGGUUCAAAAAGAGUUUCUUUUGGAAGAAGACUGGCCCCAAUUAGAUUCCCAAAAUGUGAUACCUAUAGUUGUUUCUGCUGCUUUCCUUCAGAUGGAACCACUUCUUGAAGAAUGCCUGAGAUAUUGCCAUGAGAAUAUGAAUGAGAUAUUGAGGGCUUCCACUAAUUUAUCCUGUUUAAAUGAUCAUAUCCUAAAUAGAUUAGCUGCUAUGUACACGAACACUGAACUGGACUCCAUUCGAGAUAAGAAAGAUAAGUUACAGUCAAAACUCUUCACAAAACUCAUCGUGUCCUUGGUAGAGCCUGAACCAGAAUGUGUUAGAGGACAUUGGAACUCCUUAGCCAAAACAUACCGAUGUGAAAAAUGUCAGCAGUUAAUUGAACCAUCUGUCUCCUUCAGAAUUCCAUGCAUACCACCCUGCAUGAGGUUGCAAUAUGAUGGAUCCAUCUUGAGUUAUCAUGUGAGGGAUCCUCUCUGGAAUAUCAAUGAAUAUAUCGACAAAACAUUCAAGCUGCUGAAAUCCUGGCGUAAGGUGUAUUGGAGACUAUGGGGCAACGCCCAUUUCCUCUACUGCCUUAUAUGCAAACGUUUCUUCCCUGCCAAUCAACUGGGUUGGUGUCUGUACCAUCCAGAUGCUCCUCAGUUUUUUACAUUGGAUGCCCAAAAGGCCCCUUUGCCUGUCGGGAGAUACCCUUGCUGUGGCGACAGGGCGUACAGGUUUCAACUGCUCAGUAAUUUUCGAGGAUGCAAGUUUAAGGAUCAUACAGUGUGCACAAAAAGUGUUAAGGAUUCCGCAGUCUUAAAUUUACUACUCAGUUACAGACAUCUUGUUGUUGAAGAACCUCCGGAGUUGCUCUUCCCGGAAAGACUUACAAGGCUUAUGGCUCGAGAUAUGUCAACGAGUGAUAAGCUAGUUUGCAAGGAAGUAUUUUGGUGGGACGGUCUUCAAAUUGUUCCUCCUCGUCCCAAAAUGGGACUUCUAAACAUGUUCUCUGAAAGAGGUAAAGGAGUUGAAGUGGAUAGCAGAGGCCAUUCUAGUGAUGAGGAGAGCCGCGAAGACAGCAGUAAUUCGAACAGAUCUUCUUCAAGCGGAUCCAGCGAAGAGAGUAGGCCAAGAUCUCCUCGUCCAGUCAAAAAGAAAAGGAAGAAGAGGAGACCAUGCAGGCUUUGGCAGGUACACCUAUCUGCCAGAAGUAAUCAAGACACACAGAGGUCCUACGAAGAGAAAACCCUCAAGCAGAUGGCGGCGUUGUUGAAUAAGAAGUGUUCUACUAGUUUAGAUUGCGCCAAUAAACAGAAAUAUGGUAGAUUGAUCCACAAGAACACGAAUCCUUUAGGUGGUAUUUGGGUGAGAUUAGAAUCGGAGUGGAAAGAGCAGAAUGUUAAUAGUCAACAUAAAACUCGCCCGUUUUGCACAACAAAAGGAAAAAUACUGCGAAAUUGCAGAUUUCCUUAACGAUGUCCAUAAUUAAUUAUUAGAAUAAACAAAAUAAUUAAAAUAA